AUGAGUCUUCCUAUUUUAAACCAAUACCACAAAAAGCCCUACCAGGCAAUUGACCCUGCUCUCCCUGCCCUCCAGCAAACAGGUAGGACAGUCAUUGUCACUGGAGGCAAUAGUGGCAUUGGGUAUGCUAUCGCUCGCAGUUUUGUCAAGGCGAAGGCUGCCCGCGUCAUUAUCCUUGGACGUCGCAAAGAUGUAGUCGCAUCUGCAGCUGCUAAACUCCAAGAAGAGGGCCGUCAGUUUGGCAGUGGCACGGAUGUGCAAGGCCGUACUUGUGAUAUUUCUGACUUAAAAUCUACCGAGCACCUCUGGAAAGCACUUGAAUCAGAGGGCAUUUUUGCUGAUGUUUUGGUCUUGAGUGCUGCAAGCUAUGGCGCUACCGAGACAAUUCUUGCUGGAGGUCUGUCCAAAGUCUGGGGUGACUUUGAGUCCAAUGUUCGAAGUACUCUCGAUAUGACAGAGCGAUUUUACAAACAAAAGACCACAGCUCCAAGCCAAACCAAGGUAAGAUAUCUUCAUCCUCAUUCCAAGCUCUCCUAUGCUCACAAGAGGCAGUUUCUGGUCAAUAUCUCAACCUGUGCGGCUUACAUGUGGUCAACAAUGGGCCCUGAUCGCCCAACAUACGGGCUGACCAAAAGUGCCAGCACUCUCCUCCUGCAGCAGAUCGCACAGGAUACUAAGUCCACGGACAUGCAAAUUGUCAGUUUCCACCCAGGUGGUGUUUUGACGGACUCUGCCAAGAGGGUUGGUGGCGAUAACCUGAAGGGUCUUGUUUUCGACGAUGAAAAUCUCCCAGGUCAUUUCUCCGUCUGGGCAGCAUCGCCUGAAGCCAGCUUCCUUCAUGGCCGCUUCGUCUGGGCUAAUUGGGAUGUUGAUGAGUUGAUGACUGGUCCUGUGCGUGAACAGAUCGAUAGUGAUGAGCACUUUCUCAAGGUUGGUGUGGAGGGAUUAUCCGAGAAGAUGGGCGGCAUGGUUAUGACUUAA